AUGGCCGACGAUGCUCCGCGUCCGCGUCCCCCGCCAAAUCGACGCAGAGACAAAGCCCAGCUUUCUUGCGAUCCCUGUAGACAUCGAAAGCUGAGGUGCGACCGACACCACCCAUGCGGAGCUUGCUCAAGGCGUGGCCUUGUCAACUCGUGCAAUUAUGCGACGUCACCUUCUUCGACGCCCGAUGCUCCGCGCUCCGUUGCUCCACAAAAGUCCACCAGCCUUCAUGGCAGGAUCUCUGAACUCGAGAACCUUGUCGUGACCCUCAUGAAAGGCCAACCGCUCCCAACUGCGCCCGCACCAAAAUCGCCAUCACUCGCAGAUGUGCUCCCUGACAUCACAAGACCAACAGAAGCUCAAGAUGGAGUUGCCUCCCCGGCAGACCCUGGCACCCUAGAGGUGCGCGAGUCUGGAACCAGCUAUGUCCAAAGCGUCCACUGGGAGGCCAUUCUUACCAAAAUCAGAGGACUCAAGGAGGACCUUGUCACUGAUAGCAAGCCUCCGCUUGGUUCGCACUUGUUCUAUGGUCCGAAUCGUCAUGCAACUCGAGAUGAGAUACUGGCUGCUGUUCCUCCUCGCCCGGUUGUUGACCGCUUCAUGGCCCUUCACUUCGAUUCCUACAUUAUCACUCCAUAUCUAAUCCAUGGCAAGAAGUUUCUCCGAGAGACCUUUGCCAUUGACUUUCCCGACGGACGAGCCGAAUCACUCAAGGCGGAGUAUCUCACCGUGAAGGAUGCCUUCCGGGAGAAGGCAGUGCAAUGUCUGAUUCUGGCUAGGUAUACAACGGGAGGACCAUAUAUCCUGGAAACCCUCAUAACGGUCCUUACCGGAGAGUUUAUUCUCUUGAAAGACGGCGUUACCGACGGCUGGCUCUCGAUCGGGAUGAUACUUCAUCUUGCAAUGCGCAUGGGCUAUCACCGGGACCCAGACCACUUUCCCGGAAUAUCUCCAUUCGAGGGUGAGAUGCGCAGACGCAUCUGGACCACAAUCCUGCAAUUGGAUCUCGUCAUAUCCUUGGAGAUGGGCCUUCCUCGAAGUGCCACAGAUACGCACAUCGACACAAAACCGGCGCGUAAUCUGCGCGACUGUGAUUUCGACGAGGAUACAACCGAAAUGCCUCCGCCGAGGCCAGAAACGGAAUGGACGCCGGUGCUACCUCUAAUUGCAAGAGGGCGACUAAUAACAGCUCUUGGUUUGAUUUGUGACAUCAACACCGAUAUUAAUCCCCCUUCCUACGACGAGCUUACUAAGGUUGAUGCACUUCUUAAAGACGUGCACAAUCGUGCUAUUCCGCCCGUGCUACGCUGGGAGGCUAUGCCACACCCCAUCACGGAUAGUCCAACCCUUGUCGUACAGCGGGUGAGUAUCGAGACGACCUACCGCAAAUCACGCAUCCUCCUCUACCGAAGAGCUUUGCUUGGGCAACAGCGGGACAGGGAGUCGAUGCUUCACGAAGAAUCUCAGCCAUUUGGUCGUCUGUGUCAGCUCAGAUGGAAGGUCACGCGUAUUUUCAACCAGGAUGUCCUCCUUGCAACCAGCGUGCUCUGUCUCUACCUCCAAGACGUCGAUAAAUUUGAGACCGCAGGACAGACAACUAGGGCUGAAGAGAUUCGGCAACAGUUAACCAUCUCGCACAACAUUUGGCGUCAGAUGAGUACGGCAUCUGCAGAAGCUGGGAAAGUAGCCAAAGCUCUGAGCAUCGUUCUCGGAACCACAGAAGCGUCUCCCGAGGAUGGCACCGGGCCUGCUUCUUACGACUUUCUGGCGGAUUUCGAUGCGAGCGAAUUUGGUGCAACGUUGAACAAUCAAUGUGAGAAGAACAUCCGGUCAUGUCGACUGCAACUAACAGAAAGAUUUCACAGACUUUUCUUCGAGCUUCUGCUCUCCUCUUAG